AUGGCUUGGGGUAACGCCAACGCGUGGAGCGCUCAGGUGGAAGGAGAAAAGAAGGAAGAGGCCGUGGGAUCGGCGUUCCCGACGCUUGGCGACGUGUCAGCGAAGGAGGAAGCGGCGUUUCCGACGCUCGGCGCGGCUGCGGCGAUCAAGGAACCAAAGAAGAAGGCCAAGGGAGUCAAGCUCUCGCUCGCGGAGUUUGCGGGAUCGAGCGUAGGUGGGUCUUCCUACGUGCCGCCGACGCGAUCGGGCGUCAGUGGGUACUCGAGACGCACGGAUGACGUCGUGCUUCCGACGGGACCACGAUCCGACCGACCGGAUGACGACUUUGCCGGCGGCUUGGGCGGCGGAUUCAACCAAAGCGGAGACCGCUACGGUGGUGAUCGCUACGGCGACCGCCAGGGCGAUCGCUACGGCGACCGCCGCGAGGGCGACCGCUACGGCGACCGCCGCGAGGGCGACCGCUACGGUGAUCGAGGUGAUCGAGAAGCUCCUCUGGAGGACCAAGGUCCUUCCCGCGCGGAGAUGAGCUCCAACUGGGGCGCGGACCGCCGUGCGCCGCCACAAGAUGACCGUUACGGCAGCGGACGGGGCGGUGGUGACCGCUACGGCGGUGGUGACCGCUACGGUGGCGGUGACCGCUACGGCGGCGACUACGAAGAUCGUCCUCCUCGCGAGGAACGCAGAGGAUUUGGAGAUUACGUCGAUCGAGCUCCACGCGAACCGCGCGAGGAACUCGGGCCGUCGCGCGCGGACGAAAGCAGUAGUUGGAGUAGAGACAGGAAGCAGUUGCCGGAGCGUGACUCGCGAUAUGAGGACCGUCCUCCUCGCGAGGAACGCGACCGCGAUUGGGGCGCUUUACGCUCGCGCACGAGCGCCGCGGAGCCGCCUGCGGACGAUCGCUACGCCCCUCGCGAGCGACCGAAGUUACAGUUGAAACCGCGAUCGGAGACCGCGACCGCGCCCGCGAGCUCGGGAUCGAACUCCCUGUUCGGCGGCGCCAAACCUGUUGACGUCAAGUACGUCGAGGACAAGCCGCGCGAGCCCGUCCCGGCUCGCAGCGAAGACCGCCCCGAACGCACCACCGAUUCAACAGACUCUUGGGGCUCGCGAGCGCGUGAUCGUACCGAAAGACCCAAGUUUGCGCCGCGCAAGGAGGAAGAGCUCCGCGAGGCGACUCCUGAGGAGCGCGCAGCCCGGCCGAAGCUCAACCUGCAAAAGCGCUCGACUGAAGCCCCCGUGGGCGCCGCAGCGCAGAGCUCGUUGUUCGGUGGCGCCCGCCCGCGUGAGGAGGCGCUCAAAGCGGCCGGUCGUGACCCCGUGGCCGAGGACUUGAAGCGUUCCGUCGGCUCGGUGAAGCGUAAGGAGUUCAAGGAGGAAAAGGAGCUCAAGGCGAAAAUUGAAGAAGCUAAAUCCGCUGGCCAAGACGUCUCCGAGAUGGAGAUCUCCCUCGCCAAGCUCUCCCUCGAGCUCGACGACAAGUUCCGUUUCGCCAAGCCCAAACCCGUCGGUGAGAAGCCCGCCGGUGAGGACAACGGUAAGAAGUCCGCGACGGACGCCAAGCCCGCUCCGCGCGCGCCCAAAGUCGCCGUGGACGAAGCCAAGCCCGUCGUCGCCAAGAACGCCUUCGACGCCCUUGGCGAGGAGUAA